AUGGACGUUUUCCGAGCGUAUACCUAUUCGACGGCGGGUUGGCUUACAUUGCAAAGCCUACCUCUGAUCCUGAGCCCGGGGAUAAUCACAGCUCUUAUGCUGGACGAGACUCGCCAAGCCUCAUCGGUCGAGGUCUACUUUGCUCGGUGUCUUGGCUUUAGCCUUCUUACAAUCGCCGUUUUGACAGCUAUGCUGACUGGCUCGAUCCCCUUGACUUCAACGAUCUCCGAGCCAGUCACAACCGAAGACUCAGAUCCUAAAGCGCCAUACGCCAACCCAACAUUAAUGAUCACUUUCUUAUUUCAAUCGGCGUGUGCAUUCUACGCGUACACGAGAUUUGUGACCACCGGACAGGGUAUUUUCACUCUUGGGGUGGCUGUGAACGCUUCCAUUGCCGCUGUUGGCCUAUGGUGUCUGCUCUUUGCGACAAGCAAUGGGAAGAUUAGUCGAAAGACAGGCGUUGACAAGCGGGCAUCUGGAUACCCCUUUGCAAACUCAGAGGCCGCUAAGAGACACCCGAACAAGAAGUCUUUGUAA